AGGGGGGGGUGGCAAGAGGCCAGGCUUUGGUGGCAUCAGGUUAGGGCACGCUGGCUUUCCUGAGAACGCCAAGGCAGGGGCCAGUGGGGGUGGCAUAUAAACCUCCACUGCGGGCGCCCGGCUCUCCUGCUUUCCUUCCCGAGUCUCUGUGCCUUCUGAUCCGGUCCAAGAUGUCUAGCCCCCUGGAGCAGGCGCUGGCUGUGAUGGUCACCACUUUCCACAAAUACUCUGGCCAAGAGGGCGACAAGUUCAAGCUGAGCAAGGGGGAGAUGAAGGAGCUCCUGCACAAGGAGCUGCCCAGCUUCGUGGGGGAGAAGGUGGACGAGGAGGGCCUGAAGAAGCUGAUGGGCAGCCUGGAUGAGAACAGCGACCAGCAGGUGGACUUCCAGGAGUACGCUGUGUUCCUGGCCCUGGUCACCGUCAUGUGCAAUGACUUCUUCCAGGACGCCCAGGGCCGGCCCUGAGCUCUCGGCUCCCUGUCCUCGGGCUCGUGGGCCCAGGAGGACUCUCUGCCCCUUUUAGUUUUGUAUUCAAUAAAUGUUUUUGUUUGUCGAUAA